GCCAGGCACGUACGUUUAACAUAAGAUCUUUGAAACAAAAAAUAUUUAGAAAAAAGAAUUAUAAAAUUUACACAAUAUUUUCUAAAAAGGAAGCAAAUAAAAUACGGGAAUAAAAGCUAUUGAAUUAUAAAUAAAAAUAAUAAAGAUCAAAUUUAAAUUGAAAUAUUAAAAGUGUGAUGAAUCGAUAAUGUAAAAUUUUUAUUAGGAAAUUAUCGUAAUACAAAUUACCCACUUAUAAUCAUAAUUACAAUAUUAAUAAUUCAAAUUUUUGUUUUGUGUUAAGAUUCGAAUAAUUUAUAAGUAUAUUAUGGAAGUCGGAUGUAGAAAACCAAAAGAUGGAGGUUAUGAGUGCAUUUGCAAAAUACCUGAAGAUGAAAAUAUGACAUGCGUUGAAAUUGUUGCGACAAUACUGUCAGUGCUGUUACUAAUUUUAACAUUUCCAAUAUCAAUUUUUAUAUGCUUCAAAGUUGUUUCAGAAUUCGAAAGAGCAGUUAUAUUUCGAAUGGGACGACUCAGGAGUGGUGGGGCUCGAGGUCCCGGUGUAUUUUUUGUCCUACCAUGCGUUGAUGAUUAUUGUAAAGUUGAUUUAAGAACAGUAUCAUUUGAUGUACCACCACAAGAAGUUUUAACAAAAGAUUCUGUUACUGUAACAGUUGAUGCAGUCGUCUAUUAUAGAAUAAGUGAUCCACUUAAAGCUGUUAUACAAGUAUCAAAUUAUAGUCAUUCAACGAGAUUAUUGGCAGCAACAACAUUAAGAAAUGUUUUGGGAACAAAAAAUUUAUCAGAAUUAUUAGUUGAACGUGAAGCAAUAUCACAUACAAUGCAGACAUCAUUAGAUGAAGCUACAGAUCCAUGGGGUGUUAAAGUGGAACGAGUUGAAAUCAAAGAUGUGUCAUUACCAACAGCUUUACAACGUGCAAUGGCAGCUGAAGCUGAAGCAGCUAGAGAGGCUCGUGCAAAAGUUAUAGCUGCUGAAGGUGAAAUGAAAUCAUCGAGAGCACUAAAGGAAGCAUCAGAUACACUAUCAGAGAGUCCUGCUGCUUUACAAUUACGUUAUAUGCAAACAUUAUGCAGUAUAUCAGCUGAAAAAAAUUCAACAAUUAUAUUUCCAUUACCAUUGGAAUUACUGACACCAUUUUUUAAUUUUCAACACAAUAAAAUCUCACCAUAUAAAACUGAUCCUUAAUUAUGAAUACAAUUUUUUCUUAUUAAAAAUUAUUCAAU